AGCGUAAUGCCCUCGAAAACUUCUCCCGACAGCUUCACCUUUACGGUGGGGAAGCUAGAUGCUGGCAUGGCAAUCUUGUUGGGCGAGAGAGCUCACUUGAUAGAAUUUCCAUCAAUACUUUUGCCCCCAGGAGCAACGACGGGAUCGAUUGUGAACAUCGCUGUUCACCAAAACCACGCAGAGGAGAAACGACGAGAAGCGGAUUUCUGGGAGCUUCAAGAUGAUAUCUUGAGUGAAUUCGGGAAGGCUACACCAGCGUUCCCUGAUCUACAAGUGCGAAACGUCACCCAGACCUCCAUAACCCUCGAAUGGCCAACAGUCCAGCUCGCCACCGCCAAGCUCCGCUCUCUUGAUAUAUACAGAAAUGGACAACGACUAGCUGCGAUACCGUCACCCAUGACCAACACUUCAACCAAACUCUCCGGCCUUGAGAUUAACACAGAGUAUUCCUUCCAGCUCAUCCUCCGCACCACCGCUGGCGUCUUCCCUUCAAAUCUGAUCCGCGUGCGCACGCACACUAUGACCGACACAUCUGGCAUUUGUGUGUGCUUCGGCAACGUCCAGGAUCCUGCCUUACUGGAGGACGUUAAACUGGCACUAGGGGAGAUGAAGGCGAAGUGGAGCGAUAAAAUCCAGAUCGAUACCACCCACUUUGUAUGCACUACCCCAGCUGUGACACCUACCGGUGCACAGGCGGCCGGAAAUUCUGGAGGUCCGCCUGGUAUUGAGUACCAGCGCGCAUUGCAGCUGAGCAUCCCCGUUGUCCAACCACAGUGGAUUCUGGCGUGCCAUUCCGAGAAGAAAAUGAUCCCUAUUGCAUCAUACUACCUCGGUGCCACACCC